ACCUCCCUCAGCCGCCGCUGCGGCCCCGGAGCCGCCGCGCCAUGAGCGGGGCCGGGCCCGGGCCCGACCUGCCGUCCCCGGCCAAGCUCCGCCGCCUGGACGAGAGCAGCGGGACGGGCCCCGCCGCCGCCACCGCCACCGCCGCUGUUCCCCCGCGCCGGGAGAGCUCCCGUCCCCCCCACCCCGGUGAGGGCCGCGGCGCGCGCGCGCGGGGCGGGAGCGGCGGGUCUGGGCAUGCGCGGGGAGGCGGCGCCAGAGCGCCCCCUGGCGGCGGAACGGAGAGCGCAGGAGGGGCCGGAGACCCCAAAGGAGGGGAUGGAGACCCCAAAGGAGGGGAUGGAGACCCCACAAGAGGGGAUGGAGACCCCAAAAGAGGGGAUGGAGACCCCACAAGAGGGGAUGGAGACCCCACAAGAGGGGAUGGAGACCCCAAAGGAGGGUGGAGACCCCAGUGAAGGGCGUGGAGACCCCAAAGGAGGGGAUAGAGACCCCAGUGAAGGGCGUGGAGACCCCAAAGGAGGGGAUAGAGACCCCACAAGAGGGGAUGGAGACCCCAAAGGAGGGGGUGGAGACCCCACAAGAGGGGAUGGAGACCCCAGUGAAGAGGAUGGAGACCCCAAAAGAGAGGAUGGAGACCCCAGUGAAGAGGAUUGAGGCUCUAAAAGAGGGGAUGGAGACCCCAAAGGAGGGAAUGGAGACCCCUGGGAAUGAGAAGACCCCCAAGGAUGAGAUGGAGACCCUCAAGAAAGGGGUAGAAACCCCAAUGAGGUGCCUGAAGACCCCCAAGAAGGGGCUGGAGACCACCAUGGAGCCAAGAGGAGAGCUGGAGACAGCCAUCACCCCAUGCUUGGAGCAAGAAAACAGGGGUCUGGAGACCACCAGAGGGGCUGUAGGGAGUCUGGAGACCACCAAUGGGUGCAAGGAGAGCCUGGAGACCACCAUCAGCCACUGCUUGGAGCAAGAAAAUGGGGGUCUGGAGACCCCACUGGAAUCCAAAGGGAGCCCAGAGACCACCAGGGAGGUCCCAGGAACCACCAACGGGCGCAGGGGGAGCCUGGAGACGGCCGUGAGCCGGUGCCUGGAGCAGGGCAGGAGGAGCAAGGGGGGCUCAGAGACCACCAGCAAGGCACAGGGGGGGCUGCAGAGCGACGUUCCCCCCACCAGCAGGGGCCUGAAGACCACCAGCAGGCGCAAGGCCGGGCUGAAGACCCCCGGGAGAGCCAGGGGGAGUGUGGAGACCACGGGAACCCAGUGCUUGGACUGGGAGAGGAGCAGGAACGGGGGCCUGGAGACCACCAGGGAGGGCCUGGAGACCACCAGGGAGGGCAUGGAGACCACCAGGGAGAUCUUGGCAGGUCUGGAGACCACCGUGAGGCCCAAGGGGAGCCUGGAGAGCACCGUUACCAGCCAUGUGAAGUGGGACAGAGAGCAGGAGGAGGGUCUGGAGACGACCACUGAGCCCACCAGGGACGUCCUGAGGGGUCUGGAGCCCACCAGGGCUGUCCUGGGGGGCCUGGAGCCCACCCCCACGGCCCGUGUGGGGCAGAGCCAGGGUGGCCCCGUGCUCCCAGAACUGGGGGGGCUCCCGGGGCCCGUGGAGGUCCCGGACUCGUUGGAUGUCCCAGUGCCCAAGUGCCAGGAGGCCGAGGAGAGCGCGGUGAUCUCGGUGGGCGAGGACGAGGAGGAGGAGGAGGAGGAGGAGGGGGAGGAGGAAGGCCCAGGGCGGUACCUGGCGGCCCUGGAGGCCGUGCAGCUGCAGCUCGAGGCCGUGGAGGAGGAGGCCGCCCGAGCUUUCCGCCGGCUCCGCGCGCGCUUCGGGCUCCGGCGCCGGCCCCACCUGCAGCGCCGCAACCGCCUCAUCCAGCACAUCCCCGGCUUCUGGGUCACCGCCUUCCUGAACCACCCGCAGCUCUCGGCCAUGAUCAGCGACCGCGACGAGGACGCGCUGAGCUACAUGACGAGCUUGCAGGUGGAGGAGUUCGGGCAGAGCCGCCCCGGGUGCCGCAUCCGCUUCUUCUUCAGCGUCAACCCCUACUUCCAGAACGACGUCGUGGCCAAGGAGUUCGUGCGAGGCCCCUCCGGUCACCUGGUGUCCCACUCGACCCCGAUCCGGUGGUGGCAGGGGCAGGACCCCCGGUCCCGGCCCCACAAGGGCCCCCCCGGCCCCCGCAGCUUCUUUCGCUGGUUUGGGGAUCACAGCUUCCCUGCGGGGGACCGAGUGGCUGAGAUCAUCAAGGAGGAGCUUUGGCCCAACCCACUCCAGUUUUACCUGCUGGGGGAGGGGGCUGAGGGCCCCCCUGACAGUGAGAGCGGCGAGGACUGCGUGGUGAUCGAGGACGACGACGAGGACGUGCAGGAGAUCCCGGACGAUGGGGACGGCAGUGGAGUGGAAGAGGUUCUGGCUGAGGAGCCCCCCGAGGGACGCACGGACCCCACCGGGGGCAGGACCUGAUUUGGGGGGGCUGCACCCCCUCCCCCCCCAGGGCAUUGCGGGUAACGAGGGGCUGAGGGGGCCCCCAACACAGCUCAGGGUGUUUGAAGGCCUUGAACCCCCCCAAAAUCCCCCCCAUCUCCACCACACUGGGGGGUUGAGCGGGGGGUGUCCCCCCAAUUCCCCCUCCCACACACACACGGGGAGAAACACAACCAUUUCCUGACCAUUUUUGUACAUUUUGGGUUCAAAAACUUGUAAAGUUUUCUUUUUAUAUCUAAAAAUAUAUUAUAAUAAAGAUUUAUUGGGGUUACAAAAGGCCCCCCCCUUAA